AUGACUCGCAAAAAUAAAAAUAUACUACGUUAUAAAACUCGGUCCGUGCUUUUGAAUGCUCAUCUUAUUCGAGAUUUAACUCAGUUACUUGAACAUUCAGAAAAUUAUGAUGUAAAAAUUCAAGCUGGAGAAAGUCAAAAUUCUAAAGAAUUUAAAGCACAUUCAAACAUUCUAUGUGCACGAUGUCCUUAUUUCAAAAGCGCAUUAUCAACUAAUUGGGUUACGAGAAAAGAUGGUUAUAUCAUUUUUUCUAAACCUAAUAUUUCUCCAUCAGUAUUUGAAUUGAUACUUAAGUUUAUGUAUACAGGUGUUGUCGCAUUAGAGAAACAAUCUGGAAGGGAUAUAUUAAGCCUAAUGGUUGCAGCCGACGAGUUACUUCUCGAAGAAUUAGUUAUUUAUGUACAAGAUUAUUUAGUAACAGAUCAAUGUUCAUGGGUACAACAAAAUUUUGUUCAAGUUUUACAUACAGUUUUUCGUUUAAGUAAUUGUAAAAAACUUCAAGAUUUUUGUUUGGAAUCUAUAUGUGAAGAUCCACAACCAUUUUUUGUUUCAGGCGAUUUUAACGAAUUAGAUAAAGAAAUACUUUUCGGUUUAGUAAAACGAGAAGAUCUGAGGAUAGAUGAAACUGAAAUGUGGGAUUAUUUAAUUCAAUGGGGAAUUGCAAGAACUCCAGGACUAGGUCCAAAUAAUAAUAAUAUUUCAAAUUGGAAUUCGGUAUGUUUUGCGGCGUUGAGGGAAACGUUGGAACAGUUCAUGCCUUAUAUUCGAUUCACGGAAAUCUCACGUGCUGAUUUCUACGAUAAAGUUCGACCAUAUAAACAGAUUCUCGGUCAUGAAUUAUAUGAAGAGAUGAUGGAAUUCCAUUUUAAAGAUAAAAGACCAAAGAAUGCUGAUUUACCGGCAAGAAUAGCAUACUCCAGGAUCGAUUCCGUUAUCUUAAAACCGAAGCAUGCCGCUGUUAUUUCAAAUUGGAUCGAACGAAAAGAAUCUCCAUUUAUUUUUUCUAAAAAGAAUGCUUACCAAUUUAAUCUCAUUUAUCGCGGAACUCGUGAUGGUUUUAGUAAUGUAGCCAUAAUAAAUAGAUGCCAAAACCAUGGUGCGUACGUUGUCGUUAUAAAAAUUAGAGGAUCUAAUAAGGUUGUUGGCGGUUACAAUUCUUUAGGUUAUCGAAGAAGUAUGAACAAUACUCAAAGUUUCCAAUCUGGAUUUUUAACUCAAAUGGAAUGGAAGUAUAGCCUUGAUAGUUUUUUGUUUAAUUCUGAUGAUAUGAAAAAUAUAAAAACAAUGCAUUUGAGCAGAGUUAGUACUCCUAAUCAAGCCCAUUAUGCUUCUACUCAUCAUGCUGUAAAUUUUGGUAAUAGUGAUCUAAUUUGUAACGGUUUGGCUGGUUCUUGUUAUAAGAAUUAUUAUCAAUAUAGGCUUUUAGAAUCGGAAUUUACUACCGAAGAAAUUGAGAUAUUUGCCGUAAAUCCUCAAUAA